CCCUUACCUCACAUUAGAGCAUUUUUUUGUGCUGACACGUGUAUUUUUGUGAAUAACUUUGGCUAUGUUAAUGCAAUUUAUCUAAUUUUUAUGGAGGAUGUGUAUUUUGGAAGGAAUUACAAAAAAAAGUUUGAAAAAAUAUUCAACCUACUUUAUUAAAACGUGGAAAUCAUUUUGUACAGUUAAGCACAUUGAAGCAUUUUUUUGUGCCAUUGACUUUCAUGUAAAUCAUAUAUUUUUAAUUAGCAUAAUUAUUGGCAUAAUUUUAAAAAAUUAUGAUUGUGCCCGUGUUUACAGUCUCAUCACAAAUGUAAGAAGCAGUUUUUACUGUUUUUCACUACAUGGCAUACUUUCUCCAUAUAUAGCAGGGCAAUGGCUGACCCAGCAUUUAAACUGAAUGAUUUAGCUGUAUUUCUUUACCUCUGACUGCCCAUUAUAAUACAUAUUUUGCAAAAAAAUGGUUUGUGUGUUAUUUAGAGAUGCCAUACAAUAUUUUGCAUGUGUGUGUUCUGAAUUUUUGGUAAUUGUGCUUUUUCAGUGUUCUUUCAAAAAAUAAGCCUGACUGAAUGUACAAAAUUAGCUUAUUCUGCAAAAUAGCAUUUUGACAUGUGUUCCUUUGUGUGUGAUUGUUCAGGCAUGCGUGUAUGUAGGUAUCAAAGCACUUUACAGAUCUUCAAAGGACAGAUCUGUGAUCAUUAUCUGGAGUGGUUGAGCAGGUGUGGGCCAUGGGAGUGUAGGGGGGGGGCACAGGUUCUCACACUCUGUUGACUUCAUGAAUAUUCAUCAAAGGCAUGCUAUAUAUCAAAAAUCAAAGGAUUUUCUGCUAAAUUUCAGAUACUCAUUCACAAUUUUACUUUUGCAAAAUGUUAUUUCAAUAAGUACAAAGCAUUUGCAUGGAUGAAAGCUAAGAUGAAGGCUGAAAAACUUCAAAGGCAUACAUUUGUUUUUCAAAACAAAUUCCUGCAGAAUCGAAUUUUGUUUACAUUCAGUAGGGGCAGCUUACACAGGUGCACCAAUUGACUAAAAGUACAUAUAUGAGACUCAGAUCAGGAUUCAUUUCUUUGAACCGCAACCAUGAGAAGAAGAUUCAAUGUGAAUGAAGCCCUGGAGGUGUUUCAGCAGCUUGAGGAAGAGGGAGAGUCAGCCUCAUCCUCAUCCACGGAUGACAGCUCUUGUUCGGAUGAAGAGGCUGAAGAUCAGGCCUUUACCCCAGGGCCUGAUUCAGGGGAAGAAAUGGAAGAAGGUUCAGAUGAGGAGGUGGUUGCUGCAGAGGAGAGAUGGGACCAUCCUUUGUGGCAAUCAAAGAGCGGGAUCGCCUGGUCCCCGACACCCGACACCAGGAUCCCCUUUCGGGCUCCAGACGUCCGCCAUUGUGGGAUCACCCGCCUCGCUGUCAGCUACAUCCAAACUAUUGAGGACAGCUUCGAUUUUUUUUUAACUACAACAAUCCUAGAUGUAAUAAUAAAAUACACCAAUAUAGAGGGAAGAAGAAAAUAUGACGAUUGGACAGACGUUGACCGCGUGGAACUCCGGGCAUUGUUUGGGUUGCUCAUCCUCGCUGGUGUGCACCGUUCCCGUGGGGAAUCAUCUGCCAGCCUCUGGGGGGAGGAAACGGGGAGGCCGAUAUUCAGAGCCACGAUGAGUUUGGGAAGGUUCCACAUGCUGACUGCAACAUUGCGCUUUGAUGACCGCUUGACCAGGGCAGCCCGCCGGUUGGUGCAGCAGGACAAGCUCGCUCCCCUGCGGGAAGUGUGGGACCUCUGGGCGGCCCGGCUCCCUCUCGCCUACAACCCCGGUGAAGAUGUCUGCGUUGAUGAACAGCUCGUCGGAUUCAGAGGUCGCUGCAACUUCAAGCAGUACAUGCCCUCAAAACCGGCAAAAUAUGGCAUCAAGCUGUGGGUGGUGUGCGAUGUGGCCACUUCUUAUGCCUGGGGGAUUAUUCCCUAUCUGGGCAAGACGACUCGAGACGCCCCGGCAGAAAGGGGGCAAGGGAAGCGGGUGGUGCUGGAACUCACGGAGGGUCUGAGCGGCCGCACAGUCACCACGGACAAUUUUUUCACCUCGCUGGUUCUUGGAGAGGAGCUGCAAAAAAAAAAAAAAAUCUGUCUUGUGGGAACAGUUAGGCGCAACAAGCCAGAGUUGCCCCCACAGCUGCUCCAGAUGAAAAGCAGAGCGGUUCUGUCCUCCCUGUUCGGCUUCACCUCCACCGCCACCGCGGUGAGCUACAUUCCAAAGCGCCGGCGGAACGUUCUGCUCCUCAGCACCAAACACCAUCAGGUUCAGAUCCAGGAGGGACCGCAGCAGAAGCCGACCGUAAUCAUCGAUUACAACCGCUGCAAAGGGGCAGUUGACAACUUGGACAAGCUCGUUGCAACAUACAGCUGCCGCCGCAAGACCAGACGUUGGCCCAUGUCGCUCUUCUGCAACAUGUUAGAUGUGAGCGCCUACAAUGCCCUGGUCCUGUGGCUGUCUGUGGAACCGGCCUGGAACCAACAGAAGA